AGCUGCUCGGCUAGCGGUGUGAACAAGCGGCAGCGUCACGUCCGAAAAACAGAUUUCAAACCAACCUGUUGACUCUGGAUCGUUUACUAAAGAGCCACAGGGACCCCCACGACCCCCAGCCUGGCCACAGACGUCUUGGGUGUCACCUCACUGCCGGGUCGGCCUUCCCUCUGAUGAGCCGGCUCCUGACGUCAGGUGGAAGAUGGAUGUUUCCUCCACCGUGUAGCUGCAGCCUGUGAACCAGGGGGUGGAUCCAUCGCUGCCACAUGAACAGCUCGACCCCUCUGCUCAACAUGAAACCCGUCAGCUACCAGAGCAUGCCGUCAUCCGUGGGCGCCGGACGCCAGGACCUGGCCCUGGACCGCGUGCUGAGCGCCCCCAAGGUGAUGUACUGCGAGAAGUGCGGCUUCGCCUCCAUGGACGUGGCGGUGUUCAAGAAGCACAUGAUCGAGCACAUGGGCGCCAGGUUUUACUGCUUCUACUGCAACAACGUCUCGUCCAGUGAGGCCGAGUUGAAAGUGCACCUGAAGCAGCACACGUCCAAGUAUCCGUUCACGUGUCCCCACUGCGGACAGGGCUACAUGCGGAGGCUGUGUCUCGUGAAGCACAUUGACCGUCUUCAUAGUAAAAGCAUCAGCCAAGGACCAGCAAAGCCCGGCACGACUUUAAUUUCCCCCGCGCCUGUGUCCAGUGCCUUAUCGAGCCUGUCCUCUGCUGAUCCAACACCACCCUGGCCAACUGUCCGGGUGACCGUACCUGCUCUGAGUGCACCUGCAACCAGACUGGAUAAAGACCAACAGAGAGGGAAAACCGUGGACACUAUUAUAUCAAAUGCCUCUAAUGGAAACACAGAACUUUUUUCUCCUUUUAAUGGACUCAUACAGUACAACAGGUCUCUAACUGUUUCUCUCCCGGAGGAAAUAACAAUCCCUGCAGGCUGCUUGGUUGAACUUGUUGAGGUGAAAACUGUAAAUGGGACAAAAGAGCUAAAACUGAGGCUCGUCUCUCAACAAGAUAACAAGUCUGUGAUCAAAGAUGUAAGGCCGACAGUCUGUCAGAGCACCACACAGGGAAAGCCUUUAGCAUCCACAUUAAACCAUCAGUCUUCUACAAUGAAGUCUGCAAGCAUGGGGAUGUGCACAGUAAACAGGACGCAGUGUGAAACAAAGAUGGUGAAUGUGGAGCGUCCUGCUGCUGUCCCAGUCAGUAUUUCCAAUAACCUCCCGAAUCAAGCGAGCAAAGAAAAGGUUGGAUUCAAAAGAAAGUCGCCAGAAAUAAUCCACCGGGAGUGGAAACCAGUCAUUCCAGAUAAGAUUCCCAAAACUAUCCCCAGUCCUAUUAGAGAAGGGAAUAGUGGGAUGAGAGUUGCACAACGAGAACCUCUAAAUCUUAAAGCAGCCGCUCCCACUGUUAUCUCCCCCAGGGUUGCCAACAGGUUGACUAGCACCCUGCAUCCAGACUCCAAGGGGACAAGUGUUUCCCAGAGAGCGGUGGAAGAGAGGAUGAAUUUAAUUCCAGAACCUUCCAAUAGCAUCCCAGCCCAGAGAGCAAGCGACACAAAAAGCCUUCCUCAAGAGGGGUCGGUGGCGGUGAAGCUGGAACCCGGAGAGAUCCGCCUCAGGAACGACACUGUCUCGAAAAUAAAGACGGAGACAGUGGGCGUGAACCAGCAACGUGUGACAUCCCUGAGCAUUGUCAUUCCCUCACCUGCCAAAGUGAGACCUCCAGCAGUUUCACCGUGUAAAGAUAACUUCGUCCCAAAUCAGUCUUUUCCAGCGCACAGGACUCUAAAUGGGCGCUCAUCAGCCAAAACCUCUGUGCUUUCAAAUAAUACAACGUCUAAGAACUCAGCCUGGACCCAGGAAGUGAGAUCCCGUGAGAGAGCAGGAGAAAGAGACGUGCCAGAUCCUGAGAGCUUUCCAAUAAUUUCCUCUGUGUUUUCGUUAAGUCAACAACCAGGAGAGGUGCAGGGCUCCAUCCAGCCGCUGGUGAUGGCUCUGCGCGGCAUCGUGAUGGAUAAAAGCAACAGCUCUGGCAGUUCACAUCCUCAAGGUCAAGUCAAGAUAAUAAAAGGAGUCGAGCAGGUGAGAAAAGCGCCGACAUCGGGGUUCCGUGCUCAGGUGGCUGCGAAGGAAGGACCCAUCAUCCUUGACCCUUUACCUACGGAGCGGUGCAUUGACUCUGUGAAAGUAGAGGAGCAGAAGGACGUCCAGCAUCACCCUGCACUGACCAACCUCCAUGUCGAAGUCAAGGAGGAAAAGAAUAUUACGACCACUCCAACAGACACUCCUCUUGAUUCAAAACCCCCGACGGAUCCGGGAUCUGUUUCUGAGAGUGCAGCAUACGUGGACGCGUCCGUGGGUACAGAGACUCUGCAGUUUGUGGAAAAGACCGAGUACGACAUCUCCAAGUUCCUCACUGUCUCUCUGAAGAGGGUCCAAGUAGGCGUGUGGAAGAAAAACAGGAAAGGACUGAAACUAAGAAUUUCCAAAUGUAAGACUCGUUUACCUGUGGUCAGUGUUGCUGAUUGUGCAGUUAUUUACCCGAUGCCGCUGAGGGAGGACCAGCUGGUGAAGAGACCGGGCCCCAACCAGCCCGUGGUGGUACUGAACCACCCGCACCCCCGGGCCCCGGUAACGGGAGCGAGAGCGGACACUAUCGCCCACACAGGAGCCUCUGAGGGGGGUCCGAAAUGCCAAAUCUUAAAAAUGCGGCUCAGCAAAGUGAUGGGGCAGAAAUAUGAGGUGAUGGGGUGCACUGUCGGAGUCUUUCCAUGAGUGUAGAGGACAAAGUAUCACUGGAAAGAAUUGUACAUUUAUAAGGAAAGGACAAGUAUUACGAUGGGAAAAUACUGAUUUACAUUCAUGAUGUUAUAUGUUUGUCUGUAUAGGCAUGGGAUAUGGAUUGUUGAAGUGCAAUGCAGUUAUGUCUGCUUUGGGGGGAUGUUUUUAAAUGGACCAUCUGCUGUAGUAGAUUCUGUCAGUAAUACACAGAUGUUAGGAGCUGUCUCAGAAGUUUGACAAACCAGUAGAUCUGCCGGAGGCCUAAACGCAUGCUGUUUAUUUAAGAUAUCUUAAUUUAUUUUUGCGUAGGUUAUAUGUCCUGGUUCUUGCGGCCCCUACAGGACUUGGUACAUGCAGCACACCUUGGAUGAGUCUUUCAGAAAAUCAUGCCAUAUCCAGUACAAACAAAGCCACGAGUUGGGGCCAUUUUUAAUGAUGAAAAAAAAAAAUCAGUGGACGGCAAAAAGUAAUGAUCAAUUGUUUGUAAGGAUAAUUAGUGAAAUCUUUUGGGGAAAAGUAGCACAUGCAGCUCACAAAACUCUGCAGUGAUUUGAGGUUUUAUUCAAGUAUUAAUUCCUCUUUUUCUGUUUUCACAUUAACAGAGCAGUACAAAAGGAAAACAGAAUCCCUUUACAGUCAUCACAUAUCAGCCCUACAUAGACAAACGGAGCCCUUCACAAGCCUGUAAAAAGCCCCCGUGUCUGGUCAUCACCUGGAUGACGACAUUUCAUUCAAAGUUGCCUGAGAAAGUGGGUUGUCCUUGAGUGUUCUGUGUUUUUUUAUGUGAAGCUCUCUGCAUAUUUGUUUAAAUGCCGGGAUGGUUUUUUGUUUGAUGGUGUGUUCAGGCAACUGUAACAUGAGCAAUUCAUAUUUUUUAAACGGUCAUCAAGUCCAUUUCAUGCACAGUGCCCCGUUUUCCAACCAGAACUUUGAUGGUCAUUCAUGAUGACAAAGCUGAAUGUUUUUGACUUUCCCACGUAGCCAGGAGUCCCUGAAUGCAACAGUACCGUUAGUUUCUUUGAGGCCUGAGCCUUAAAGUCCCUUAUACACGGGAAAAAGAAAGAUGAGCUUCUUAAAUGCUUCUUUCUGUUUAAACCAUAACUUAAAGCUGGGAUUGGUCAUCCUGGAAAGAGCAGGCUACCCUCUGAAAAAAGGCAACCUAUACCCAUCUUCACCCAUCAGCCCUCACCUCAAGGCUACGGCCCCAGAACAUAUGAACGUACACUGGCCAUAGUCUCUGCUCCAGCUGUGUAUGUUUGCCUGGCUGAAGACUCCAGUCACGUGCGAGCACAGUUUUGCCAAGGCCGCAGACACUAGCUCUCUUUUCUUGUCUUUUUUCCCUCGACUUUAUGUAUUGAUUGCUAUCAGGAACAAUACGACAGAGUGUUUCAGAAACAACUUGCUAACCCCACCUUUCAAAGGGUAAAAGUCUUAAAGAGUCAUUGUAAAUGUUUAUUUUAUUAUUCAGUCUCAUUUUAACCUGCACUUACUGAUACUUAUAUACUUUUUUUAAACGUUUGCUGUGUGUGUUUUAAUGGAUCAGAAAAUGUAAUUAUGAUAGAUUUAAAAACUUGAGCAACAGCCUGAGAAACAAGUGUUAAUUCCAUGAAACCCUGUUGGUUCACCGUUUCUCACUCUGCAGUACAAUUUGCUUUGUAGCCAUCAGGCAGAAAAAAACCAGAGGAGCCUGAAUCAAUGCUUUAAAGGUUGAGUGUGUAGAAUUUAAUGACAUCUAGGGUUGAAGUUGUGUUUUGCCGCUGAACGCCCUCACCUCACCCUCUUCUUCCAAACAUGGAGAACCUGUGGAAACCUUCAGUUGUCAUUAAAAACUCAAAAGUGUUUAGUUUGUCUAGUCUGGGCUACUGUAAAAAAAGCAUGGCAGCCUCCGCAGAGAGGACCCGCUCUGAUGUAAAUAUAAAGUCUUUAAAUAUAAAGAGCUCAUUCGAGGAUCAAGAAAACUUCAAUUUAUUCAAUUCAGAUGAACACACUCUAGUGAAAACAUCACUAGGAUUAUUCUAUAAUCAAUUUCUGCCAAUAGAUCCCUUUCACCUAAAUCUUAAACACUGAACUGCCUUAUGACUAAAGGUAUAUGUAAUGACUUUGGUGAUUCUCGGGCGCUCAAUCGUUUAAAAACUCAUUGCACAAAAACAUGAAGAAGGCUGCUGGGGUUGUUCUGUCCUGAUACUCUGCGGAUCUGCUUCUCUUCUUCACGGCAGCAUCACUACAGCCGUGUGUUCCUGUUCAUACUGUAGUCAUGAUGAUGUAUGAUGGGCUGGACCUAUGACUGAGUCAAUAGGUGUUGGUUGCCCAGAGAUUUUAUUGUGUAUAUACUUAAUAAUAUAAACCGUGAUGACAUGUAAAUUGCUCAGUAGGGAGCAGCUAACGUUCCACUGCUUCUUGUGCAACAGCAGUGAUGCUGUGAUCUACUUUUCUCACAUGUCAGCAUGUGAAGCUGCCUCUGUCUCUGUUAUUAUAUGUAAUUUUUUUCAUUUUUCUUUGCUUGGCCUUUUAUCCCGUCCUCAUUUCUCUGGACAUUUCCUCAUGUUCCAGAUAAAGCAAUUUUUCGGUUUUACUACA